AUGUUCAAGCUGAUGUCUGUUAUGAUGUUUUGCAAGUUUUUUACGUUGAAAAAAUUUUUUUUAAUUAAUUGUUUUUUAAAGGAUUCUGAUUAUCGAUAUAAAGUAGGGGAAUUUUUAUUUAAAAAUUAUUUUCUGGUUAAGUGGGAUAAAUAUUUGAUGACUACGACUAGAAUUGGCUAUUUGGAUCAAAACAAUGAUGUGUGUUACUAUACAGUUGGCUCUCUUCCACCUUUUCGCAACCGUGAUUUUGUGUUGCUACGUUCGUGGGCUGAUUUAGGCAAAGAAAAGUUUAUUUUGGCACAUUCUGUUUGGCAUGAUGUAUUUUUUUAUAUUCUUGUCCGCAAGUCAAUUGUCCGCAAAAAAUAAAAAAUUUGCGGACUAUAUUUGCGGACAAUAUUUGCGAACGAAUUGACAAAUUACUUGCGGACAAAUUUUGAGGACAACUUUUGCGGACUUUUUUGCGAACAAAAUAUUUGCGGAAAAUACUUGCGGACAAUAUUUGCGGACUUCUUUUACAAUAUCUUUUCAUUUCAGAAAUUUCCGCCUACCAAAAACUACA